AUGAAGCUAUCCACUUGCCUCCAGCUCGCCGCAGCAGCCGCCAACCUCACACUCGCCGCCGCCACUCCCUCCUCCAGCCGCGAACGCGGCAUUGCUGGGAUCUUGCACGCCAGGGACACCUGCCCAAUGCCCGUCGUAGGGUUGAAGGAGCUUGACCAGAAUCUCUGCGAUCAGGUCAAAUUCGACUGGGGCGAUGACCACAAGGUGAAAGAAGAAUGGACGAAGAUCUUGUCCAAGGCCAACGUGAAGAGCUGCCCGGGCCACCAUGGCUGUCCAUCCGACUCCAGCCGGCGCCAGUUAAAUUCAAGGGGUGAUAUCCAAGGACAAUGCGCUAGCGAUUUAAACAAGUGCGUGGUUUCUGCAUCGGAUGGAAACUACUAUGAAUAUGAUUGCACCUGGGGUACAUGCCUUGGUCAAAGUCCAUGGAAGACUUGCAGAUACUUCUCUGACAACGUUGUGAAUUGCACCUGA